CUUGGCUGUCUUCAGCUCUUGACAGAUUUCUCGAAGCUCUGCAGAAACAAGUGUGGUGUGUGAUUUCAAGGUGUGAUGGCUGCAAAAGUGGUUCCUAUGCCCCCAAAGCCAAAGCGGUCAUUUAUACUGAGAGUUCCUCCAGACUCCAAGCUGGGCCAAGACCUACUUCGAGAUGCUACUAGUGGGCCCAAGACCAUCCACCAGCUGGUUCUGGAGCACUUCCUUACCUUCUUGCCCAAGCCAAGCCUGGUCCAGCCCAGUCAGAAAGUCAGUGAGACCUUGGUUAUUAUGAAGGAUGUGAGCUCAGACCUUCAGAACAGAGUGCAACCUCAUCCCUUAGUGAAGCUUCUGCCCAGAGAAGGAAUCCCACAGAAACAGGAGACAGUGUCUGUGUGUUUGAAAGCUAAGCCUGAGGAGCUGAUGGUCUUUGAGGAUUUGAAUGUGUUUCACUCCCAAGAAGAAUGUGUGAACCUGGAUCCUGCUCAACAGCCCACAUCAGAGAAGGAAGAAGACAGUGUUGGGGAGAUGAUAUUACUGGUCAAUGACAGUAAUCCUGAGGGUGAAGAUCUUCAGAAGGAACCUGUAGAGAAUGAAGAUCAUAGAGAAGAAUCUUCAGAUUGUGAUAAAAUGGAUUGUUCCAUGGUCUCUGAGCAACUUCCCAAUUGCCAUAAAGAAGAAAGACUAAAUCCAUCCAUUCCAAAGGAAAGGAAAAUGAGAAAUCUUUUAGUUACCAUUGAAAAUGAUACUCCACUAGAGGAACUCUCAAAAUACGUGGAUAUCAAUGUUAUCGCACUUACCCGAAAUCGGAGAACAAGAAGAUGGUACACUUGUCCACUGUGUGGGAAACAGUUUAAUGAAAGUUCUUACCUUAUUUCCCACCAGAGGACUCACACUGGAGAAAAACCCUAUGACUGUAGUCACUGUGGGAAAAGCUUCAAUCAUAAAACAAACCUUAAUAAACAUGAGCGAAUACAUACAGGAGAGAAACCUUAUUCAUGUUCUCAGUGUGGGAAAAACUUUCGUCAAAAUUCUCAUCGGAGUCGCCAUGAAGGAAUCCAUAUAAGGGAAAAGAUAUUUAAGUGUCCAGAAUGUGGGAAAACCUUCCCAGGGAAUGAAGAAUUUGUGCUUCAUCUGCAGAGUCAUGAGGCUGAGAGGCCAUAUUGUUGCAAAAAAUGUGGGAGAAGAUUUGGUCGGCUGUCAAACUGUACCCGGCAUGAAAAAACCCACUCAGCAUGUAAGACCCGAAAGCAGAAGUGUGAUCGGGAAAGUUGUGAUGGUCCUGCCUCAACCUGAAGUGUUUUGUAAGGAAUUCUGAAUUCCCAGGCUGUCUGAAAAGAUACAGAUAUGUGAAAACCUCAUUAUAGCCAAAAUUGGAUAAAUGCCCAUCUUGGCUUAAACCUCAAAUUUUUAGAAAAUUCACAGGGAAGAAAACAUCCUCAAGGGCUAUACCUCAGUUAGCAUCCAGGCUUUUUGUAAUAAGGAGCUCUCUUAUGUGAACUUAGACAACAGUGUACAGGUCACAGAUCCCUUUCCUGAGAAAGGCUUUA